AGUCGAGUUGUCUCAACGGUCGUCUUGUCUGACCCCCGAUCAAACACGGAGUUGCUGGGGUGCACAUGACAUGAAUGAAUGUGUAGAUUUUGUCCCAAAAAAUGGCUUUAAAGAUUGUGUUGAAUGUCAAUAAUUGUGUAAUUUGUACGAAUCCCGUCGUUUUUGGAGUCACAUUGCGCGAUCGCGUUUACAGACAUGACAGACAAAAUCGUACCAGUAAACGGGACGACGACACGGUCGCGCAAAUAUUGAUGGACUUAUUUGAAUUGGAAGCCAACGAUAUCACAUGUAUCAUGGACCAGUUUGUUUGCAGCGAAUGCAACAUACUUUUGUUUUAUGUACAUCAGUUAGUACCAGUCUGGAAGGAGUUUUCCAGUUUACGAAAGCGGCUGAACAAAAACGGAUACAUAGGAGUGCUGAGAAAUAAACGCAAGUGGUUGGAUUUUUUCGAGAGUAGCAAAGAAACACAGACGCCUGAAUGGACGCCGUGCAAGGCUUGCCAUAAUGUAAUGACGGAAGAUGAAGGAGGUUGCCAUAAUGCGACGUCGAAAGUCAAGGCAUCAACAAGUGAAGUCAGAGUAGUGACGGAACACGUGACAUCCAAACGGAACCAUGUCCAAAAAGCAGAGAGGAAGGCAUCAAAGAGGACAAAACUUAACGAACAUCACAAGCAAAGCGAGCAAAGCACAAUUACGGACCUGACACACAGGGCCACACAAACACCUGUAUGGAACAACGUGGCUGCACAAAAAGAUGUUGAAAUCAAAAUGCCAAAAGCAGCCACAAAGAAGAAGCCAUUUAUCAAACAUUCAACUAGCAAAGCACCACAAGGGGUCAAACUUACUUUAAAGCGAGUGUCAAGGAAAAGAACUAAAGGGACAGUAGGAGAUGAAGCGACCCUCGUAGGUUGGCAGCACUGCUACAGUAAAGUUCGGAUGCCUAAACGCCACAAUGUAGCAUGUGAUACAGAUGAUCUACCGGUACAAGUUGAGGAAGUGCAGUGUCCUACGGAUAAGAAUCAGAGAUUUAAAGAUAUAGUCUUUGAUCAAAUCCAAAGAGGUUGUUAUGGGGCAGCAGUUGAUCACGCCAUGGACUGUAACCCGUGUGCAACGAAACAAAUAAUAGCAGUCAUCGCAAGAAGGGCAGGCAUGCAAAUGAAACGGUUCUUACAACAAGAGUCCAUGCAGACAUCGGAGGUGACCCGCGACGACGUGAUGAAUUUCAAGUGGCAAGACGCCAUGAAGGAAUUCAAGACGCACUUGCCGAUUCUGUACACCAUUCUUUCAUGCUGUGUGGCCUCACCUGGGGAUGUUACUAAAUUAAGAAUCACAAGCAAGCGAGUGGGAAAGCUCGUUCCAGGCUUAGGUCUGGUUCUGUCGAUGGUAACUACGAUGAGAAACCAGUUCAAGUUCAAGAUAAUACCCAUGCUGAUUGGAAUGUACUUGCAUACGCACGGCUUGUCCAAAAACGCUUUGGAGUCCUGUGCUUCAGUUGGACUGUGUCCCACAAUCAAGACCGUGGCACCAUGUCUCAAGGAGGUCUUGAGUGAACAGCAGUAUCCACCAAACAUUAUGUGUAUGCACACGGGUGCUUGUAAAGAUUACAUGUACAGGGGAGCCGCUCUCCUAUAAUCUUUUUUUUUUCAGGCUGAUCGCUAAUCGCCCUGUCAGCAAAGUCGUUUCUGUUGGCAAACUAUUGGAUACAGUUUCCAACAGAAUGAUACAAACGAGAACAGGGCCCCAAAUAGUCAAAUGAUGAUGUCAAGCUCCUCAUCCUACGUUUGAUUUUGUUGCGGCAAUGAGACCAGGGGGAAAUUGGUCUGGUGACACCCCUGUGCAUGCAACACCAGAAGGCCAAGGAAACAGCUUAAUUGUGGGGAAAAAAUGGUUUUGACCUAUGGACUACCUGCACACGUUACCUCUCAACCGUAAACUUUACUGAGAGCACUGUGUAACACACAUUCGUGUGUCUUUGUUCCAAGGGCUUGUUCUAGGUUUGUGCUCAUCAGGCCUGAGUCACAAAUCAUCACAAGUAAUCACAAGUCAUCACAAGUCAUCACAAGUUCAUCACAAGUCAUCACAAGUCAUCCAGUCUUAAGUCAAGUCGCAAGCUCUUCAAAUGAACAGCGCAGCAAACACAUUCCUUUGGCAGUGUCCCUACCCUGUUACCAUCUGCCUCGGUGAAAAUAAUGUGAAAAUAUCCAUAAAGACUCUGCGUGAAUAUUGGUCAAUUGCUGAUCUGGAGGUUGUUACAACAUGUAACCUCUAGCUCUGUAGAACAUGAACUUGUAUUAGGUCAAGUUAAGCAUUUAAUUUGUCACAAUCUUUCAGAAACAAUUCCAUCAAAUGGAUUAUAAAUGACUCCGGCAUGGGAUCAACCAAGCCUACUGCCAUACCCUGCAUACUCUGAAACUCAGGUCCUGAUGAAACGGACCUACUUUCCCAAAACACUUUCAUGAAGGCUGUCCCCCAUACCUUCCAUCUUGGGUGCAUCCACAAAGUUGUGAUGUCCAACUUCUUUAAGGUUAGAUAAGUGCAUGUUACCAAAACCUUUUGUCAUCUAGCAUCUGGAAGAAACGGUAAACGAUAGUUCUCAAGAUUGCACCUCCUUAAUGUUUCACCUGUAUUGGCUAAAAGCAAAGAGCGGGAAUGGUCAGGAUCUCAUUGGGACCAUCUUGGAACACAUAUUUUGUCGAGUUUCAAACUUUCAAAUGCAUGGGAGCUUCGAAAACUUAUAACCGCUAUUAUGACAGAUUUCAGGCAUUCGGGAUUUCGCUGUUUUACUCUGUGAAGCUUAUGAUUUUGUAAUGUCGACUUAAACUUUCUUAUUUUGUGAAAAAAAAGAUUCAUGUAUUACUUCAAUAAAGAGGUUUAUAUGAGUUUGUCAAAAAU